GAAAGCAGCAGCUUAUUUUCACACUGCGCUUAGAGAAGCAGCAGGUCUUAUCACGUUUUUUAAAGGUACGGUCGAGCUUUAUGGAUCUGGCAGCCUUAAAAAUCUGAGUGACGUUGGUUUCUGAAAAUCAACCUACAGUAUUUUUUCUUAAAAAAACUGAUCUGAACAAAAACAAAGACAUCCAUCACAAUCUCCCAUGAUGAACCAGACAAACUGCACCGACCCUAAAGCAGAAUUCCAGUACUAUCUCUUCCCAAUGGUCUACAUCCUGGCUUUAAUUAUAGGCCUUCCGGGAAAUCUGGUGGCGCUGUAUGUCUUCACCAUCCGGAUCAGCCCUCGAACGGCUUUCAGUGUCUACAUCAGCAACCUGGCCGCGGCGGACAUCAUCAUCCUCUGCAUGCUGCCCUUGCGGAUCCACUACCACCUCCAUGAGAACGAAUGGGAGUUUGGAGACUUCGCCUGUCAACUCACUGGGCUUCUGUACUAUGCCAACAUCUACAUGAGCAUCUGCUUCAUGACCUGCAUCUGCGUGGACCGCUACAUGGCCACGGUGCAUCCACACACCUACCUGAGAAUGCGGAACCCAAAAUGGUCUCUGCUGGUAAGUGUGGCUCUGUGGUGUUUUGGUGGAGUGGCUAUACUGGUCUUCAUCCUCAUGGGUCCACUGGAGAGAGAGGAUGACCACAGCUGUUUUGAAAACUUCGCUACCAGAGAGUGGAACGACCGAUUGAGGACUUACAGUAUAGUCAGUCUAGUUUUUGGCUCCCUGAUGCCCUCCGUUAUCAUCCUGGUGUGCUACCCGCUGGCAGCCAAACGCAUUUCCAUGAUCGGCACCAAAACAGCUCAGAAGGCUGUGAGGGUCAUCUACACCAUCCUGGCCAUCACAUUGUUCUGCUUCCUGCCACACCAUGUGGUUUACCUCCUGCACCUUCUUCAGCGCCUGGAGGUCAUCCAGAACUGCUCCGUCCGGACUUCCAUCUACAACGCCAGACGAGUUACCAUGGCGCUCAUCACCCUCAAUACAUGCCUGGACCCUGUGCUCUACUACAUAACCACCAGCCAUUUCAGAUGGGAGCACCUAAAAAGGUCGUGGCUUUGGGGCAUAGUGAGCAGGAGAAGGGGCGUUUACACCAUCUCAAGUGACCUGAAGGAGAUAAUAACGCCUGUACAGAGAACCCUGUAAAAUGCAAAGACUUUGUGAUAGAAAAAUUGAAAGGUUUUCACACCUAAUAGAUUAGUAGACUUAGUUCGAUUGGAGACCAAAGUAGCAACAAUUGUUACAUUUUCAGCUGGUGCGGUUCACUUUCACCCUGCACUGAGAAAUGAACCAAACUGUUAGGAAAAACCUGUUUAGCUCCUCGUCUGUGGUGUUGCUGCACCAAGAACCACUGAAGGUAAUAACACAAAAACCUCUGAAGACACAACUGCAACUCCCUUAUUUGUAAAAUGCAAACAAAAAUGGAAUAGAUUUUAGGCUAUCAGGCUUUCUAUUUUGUCUUUGGUAAUAAACCAUGAGCCAUUUCUAGACACAUGCAAUAUUCUAGCACUAUUUUUGGAGUGGUCUCUGGUCCACUUAGCAUUCACAUUUCAGCAGCACCACAGUUCACUUUCAACCAAACCCAGACCUAGGUUUAUAGACAGACCAGAGUUUGCUUUAUUUGCCCGCAUCAGAGUUUGAUUGUGCAUUCACACAUCUGAUGAACCAAGCCUUUGAGGCAAAGAACUAGAGUAUCAUUAAAUAGGACUAAAUAAACCUGGCUGGUGUGAAUACAUUCUAAAGCCUUUUAACUUUAAUGUAUUCUUUAAACUGAAAAACAGUCAACAGUAACCUAUUGCAUAAUAAAUUCUGCAAAUCAGUCAGAUUGUGAAGAGAUCUCUUAUCCACAGAUUUCCUUUCAGGUUCAGUUCUACCCUUCUUCAUCUUGAGCCUAGAUGUUUUCUGUCACAAGUAAAACAACAAGUAGUUGCUAAAAAUUCUGCAACUCCUUCUUUGUUGCUAUAUGCCACAGAUGUUUGUCUACCUCCCUGACCAGUUUCUAUUUUCUCUUUUGGUCAAUUUUAGAAAGACAUCCAAUUCUUGUAAUGUAUUUGUGCAUUUAUUCAUUAUCC